AGACCAGUCUUGUCCCGGUCGUCGAAUCUGGCAGACCAAUAUUAAACUUUAUUGUCAAAGGAGAAUCCGCUGACAAAACUCUAAAACGUUACGCUAACGUUUGCGCAAACGAAGUUAAUAAAUAGCACCUCUUUGAUACGAUUAGUCGAGAUAAUUCGUGUCCCCUUCAUUUUGGUGGCGAAAAUAAUUCUAGAUCAUUAACGAAAUUCGUUACAUAAACAAAAUCCAGUUUCACUCGUGUCUCUGAAAUUGAUUUCACGAUCGGUGUCGGUAUUCGCUACGAUUCACAGUAACGGUAAUUCAAAGUAACUGUGGCUUUCAGGUAUUAAAACAUGCAUUAUGUCGCGUCAGCGACUCACGGUUGUUUUGUACAUCUGCCAUUCGGCCGCAUUAUUUUGCGUAUCUGCACAAUUUCACGGAUCUAACGAGAGUAACAAUGGUAUCCAUUUAUUGCCCGCCUAUGCCAUCGCCUCGAGAGCCGGUCUUCUCGGUUCGGCAACAUGUGGGAUGGAGCUACGAGAUUUUCGAGACGCUGUCGAUCAACGAGUACUAUGGGGCUUGAAGACAUUGGAUUCUAGUGGCGGCCCGAAAUCGGGUUUCCUCUAUGGAAAUAAUUUUUGGCUGGGCAGUCGUAGUCAGUGCCUAGAUACGACAAACAGGACCCCAUUUGAAAUCGCAAAACGGCGUAUAUUAAAUAACACGCACUAUCGCGAUCCGCGAAAUGAAUUUCCACCCUUCGAGGUGAAUUACUUCGUCGCUCACCUCAGACACAACAGUACUCUUCAGUACCACCUCGGUAUGCAAGACGAAAAUGUCAUUACGCUGGGCCUCUGCUUACCCGCGUCCUGCUCCGUGAAUAAUGUGAGCUUUGUUCUGGAACAAAUAUUUCGUGAUAGAGUUUUCUUAAUCAAUGACCUCUAUUCCAUGGAUCUCAGCCUGAUCGAGGUAAAAGACUUAAAGGACGAUCACCAAUGGCUACUGAGUGGUGCGACACCUCUCAUAUGUAUUGUUUUACUGCUUACUUUUUCCAUGAUGAUAAGCGGCACAAUAUACGAUAUAUUCAUAUACCAAAAGUAUUUAAGAGCAAAGAGUAAAAUUGCCGUCAGUACAAAAACCCCGGCCAAGAUGGAAAUAAUAGAUUCCUCAUCUCGAUGUAAGGAAAACAAAAUCGGGAGCAUACUAAUUUGUUUUUCCGUGUAUACAAGUACGAAAAUAAUAUUUCGCACGGACUUGGACGCCGAAGCGGUACCCGUUAUUCACGGUAUAAGAUUUCUGAGCAUGAUUUGGAUAAUCAUCGCCCAUUCCAUAUUGUACACGUUGGAUUAUUUCGACAAUAAAGUUUGGAUAUUGAGAUUCGCCGAGGGUAUCCCCAUCCAAGUGAUAAGCAACGCAACCAUAUCGGUCGAUACCUAUUUCUUUUUAAGCGGAUUUUUAUUGGCUUACAUGUAUCUGAAGAAUAAAACGAACAAAGAACGGAAUAAGUCGAUUAAUUACGGGGAGAAGCUAAAGGAGUUCUUUGGCUCCAUAAUAAGAAGAUUUAUCCGAUUGACACCACCUUACAUGAUGAUGAUAGGAAUAUUGCAAUUAAACUCGGCUUGGUACGACAAGACCUCGCAAUUCUACAUUAAUGAGAGGCCGCACGAAACUUGCGCGAAAUACUGGUGGAGGAAUCUCUUGUACAUAAAUAAUCUGUUCGAUCACAAUGCGAUGUGCAUGUCCUGGAGUUGGUACCUAGCCAAUGAUAUGCAAUUCUUUGUAAUCGGUAUGGCGCUCCUGAUUCUGUCGACUGUAUAUUUUUACACGGCUGUCGUCCUACUAGGUUCGCUUCUAAUUGGCUCGAUUAUUCUAGGCGGCUAUAUCUCAUACAUUUACGAACAUGUUCCGACCUUGGACGAACAGUAUAGACUUAUCAAUGUCUUAUACUAUCCGCCAUGGCUUCGAAUUGGUCCAUACAUUAUUGGAAUGAUCACAGGUUACAUUAUAAUAAGACUAAACAAGAAAAUAGCUUGGAAAAGGAACACUGUAAUUCUAUGUUGGAGUCUCGGUGGCGCUUGCAACAUUUUUGCAUUAUUCGGCCUUUACAAGCGACAGAUAUCCAUUCUGUUUACUGCUAUCUACGUUGGAUUAAGCAGAACACUUUGGGCCAUCGGGAUAGCAUGGAUUGUAAUAGUGUGCUCUACCAAACACGGAGGCAUCAUUAAGGAGCUGUUAACAUGCAAAAUCUGGAUUCCUCUUAGCAGACUCACGUACUGUGCUUACCUUUUAAAUCCCUUUAUCAUAAAUUCGAUUCGCCUGCACAAUGAAACAUCCGCUCACUUAGAACUUUUAUCCAUGAGCGCCAUGGUUGUAGGACAUCUGGGGAUCAGUUAUUUCUGUGCAUAUGCAUUAUCCUUAAUGGCAGAAUCACCGUAUAUCUUACUAACACGGUUCAUCCAAUCUUGCAGCAGGAAAAAAUGUAAGGGACAGGAGAUUAUAAUCUUGCAUACGUAACUGCGAUAAAAAUACUGUAAUAUUGUAAUUGUAAUUAAAACCGAAUAAAAUUAAAUCAAACAACACA